AUGAACGACCAAUUUCCAUCAACAUUUUUCAACAAUUUUAUAAACACUGACGCAUCAACCAAUGAUAACGAUAAUAAUAUUAAAUACAAUGACAAGAAUAUGGGUGAAGAGAAUGACGACGAAAAUUAUUUCUCAAAUGCUUUGAAAGAGCUUUUACAAGAAUUCUCUUCGAUUAAAAAUCCUGGUGGGAGAGAUGAACACUUACAAGAAUGCAUUCAGAGCUGGUUCUCUCGACAUAUCGAAUACACAGAAAUUAAGGUCAUUGAAUAUCUAAAACAAAUUGCCCAUAAAAAUUAUGAUUAUGCAUGUCUACUAGGAUUCCUUUAUCAUACAGAAUUCGACUGGCAAAAAGCAUUUGAAUGGUACCUACGAGCUGCUGAACAUAAUAACGCAUUCGGUCAAAACCAGGUCGGAUAUUUCUAUCAAAAAGGAUACGGCAUAGGAGUUAAUCAUCAGAACGCCUUCUAUUGGUAUCAGAAAUCCUCGGAUGGCGGAUGUAGUAACGCGAAAUCUAAUCUCGGCUACUGUUAUCACUAUGGAAUUCAUGUGAAGAGAAAUUCGCGAUAUGCUUUCUACUGGUAUUCCAAAAGUGCCGAGAUAGGUGACGAAUUGGGCAUGUGUAAUUUAGCAAAUGCGCUUUUACAUGGUAUUGGAACGAAUGUUGAUGUUCAUCAAACUUUAAGAUUGUAUCGAGACGCGAAAAAUUUGAAAUGUUUGCGUGUUGAUGAAUAUCUUCGUUAUAUUUUCGUUUACCGUUAUUAG